GCGGCUCUGAGGAGACCUCGGCGGCGGCGGAGGAGGAGAGAAGCGCAGCGCCGCGCCGCGCCGGGGCCCAUGUGGGGAGGAGUCGGAGUCGCUGUUGCCGCCGCCGCCGCCGCCGCCUGUAACUGCUGGACCCGAGUGGGAGUGAGGGGGAAACGGCAGGAUGAAGUUCGCCGAGCACCUCUCCGCGCACAUCACUCCCGAGUGGAGGAAGCAAUACAUCCAGUAUGAGGCUUUCAAGGAUAUGCUGUAUUCAGCUCAGGACCAGGCACCUUCUGUGGAAGUUACAGAUGAGGACACAGUAAAGAGAUAUUUUGCCAAGUUUGAAGAAAAAUUUUUCCAAACCUGUGAAAAAGAACUUGCCAAAAUCAACACAUUUUAUUCAGAAAAGCUCGCAGAGGCUCAGCGGAGGUUUGCUACACUUCAGAAUGAGCUUCAGUCGUCACUGGAUGCGCAGAAAGAAAGCACUGGUGUUACUACUCUGCGCCAACGUAGAAAGCCAGUCUUCCACUUGUCCCAUGAGGAACGUGUCCAACAUAGGAAUAUUAAAGACCUUAAACUGGCCUUCAGCGAGUUCUACCUCAGUCUUAUCCUGCUGCAGAACUAUCAGAAUCUGAAUUUUACAGGGUUUCGAAAAAUCCUUAAAAAACAUGACAAGAUCCUGGAAACAUCUCGUGGAGCAGAUUGGCGAGUGGCUCAUGUAGAAGUGGCCCCAUUUUAUACAUGCAAAAAAAUCAACCAGCUCAUCUCGGAAACUGAGGCUGUAGUGACCAAUGAACUUGAAGAUGGUGACAGACAAAAGGCUAUGAAGCGUUUACGUGUCCCUCCUUUGGGAGCUGCUCAGCCUGCACCAGCAUGGACUACUUUUAGAGUUGGCCUAUUUUGUGGAAUAUUCAUUGUACUGAAUAUUACCCUUGUGCUUGCCGCUAUAUUUAAACUUGAAACAGAUAGAAGUAUAUGGCCCUUGAUAAGAAUCUAUCGGGGUGGCUUUCUUCUGAUUGAAUUCCUUUUUCUACUGGGCAUCAACACAUAUGGUUGGAGACAGGCUGGAGUAAAUCAUGUGCUCAUCUUUGAACUUAAUCCAAGAAGCAAUUUGUCUCAUCAACAUCUCUUUGAGAUCGCUGGAUUCCUUGGGAUAUUGUGGUGCCUGAGCCUUCUGGCAUGCUUCUUUGCUCCAGUUAGUGUCAUACCCACAUAUGUGUAUCCACUUGUCCUUUAUGGAUUUAUGGUUUUCUUUCUUAUCAAUCCCACCAAAACUUUCUAUUAUAAAUCCCGGUUUUGGCUGCUUAAACUGCUGUUUCGAGUAUUUACGGCCCCCUUCCAUAAGGUAGGCUUUGCUGAUUUCUGGCUGGCCGAUCAGCUGAACAGCCUGUCAGUGAUACUGAUGGACCUGGAAUAUAUGAUCUGCUUCUACAGUUUUGAGCUCAAAUGGGAUGAAAGUGAGGGCCUGUUGCCAAAUGAUUCAGAAGAACCAGAAAUUUGCCACAAAUAUUCAUAUGGUGUGCGGGCCAUUGUUCAGUGCAUUCCUGCUUGGCUUCGCUUCAUCCAGUGCCUGCGCCGAUACCGAGACACAAAAAGGGCCUUUCCUCAUUUAGUUAAUGCUGGCAAAUACUCCACAACUUUCUUCACGGUGACGUUUGCAGCCCUUUACAGCACUCAUAAAGAACGGGGUCACUCAGACACUGUGGUGUUCUUUUACCUGUGGAUCGUAUUUUGCACCAUCAGCUCCUGCUAUACUCUGAUCUGGGAUCUAAAGAUGGACUGGGGUCUCUUUGAUAAGAAUGCCGGAGAAAACACCUUCCUCCGGGAAGAGAUUGUAUACCCUCAAAAAGCCUAUUACUACUGUGCCAUCAUAGAGGAUGUGAUUCUACGCUUUGCUUGGACUGUCCAAAUCUCAAUUACCUCCAUGACUUUGUUGCCUCAUUCUGGGGACAUCAUUGCUACUGUUUUUGCUCCCCUUGAGGUUUUCCGGCGAUUUGUGUGGAACUUCUUUCGCCUGGAGAAUGAACAUCUGAAUAACUGUGGUGAAUUCCGUGCUGUGCGGGACAUCUCUGUGGCCCCUCUGAAUGCAGAUGAUCAGACACUCCUAGAGCAGAUGAUGGACCAGGAGGACGGGGUACGAAACCGCCAGAAGAACCGGCCUUGGAAGUACAGCCAGAGCAUAUCCUUGCGCCGGCCUCGCCUUGCUUCUCAAUCCAAGGCUCGUGACACUAAGGUAUUGAUAGAAGACACAGAUGAUGAAGCUAACACUUGAAUCCUCUGACGUCUAGAUUAACAUCCCUGGUUUUCCUACUCUACAAUCCUUUCCUCGACCAACGCCACCUCUAGUACCUUUCCAGCUGAAAACAGGAGAAGACACAUAACACAUUUUCCGAGCUCUUCCAGAUCGGAUCCUAUGGACUCCAAACAAGCUCACUGUGUUUCUUUUCUUUUCUUCUGGUUUAAUUUUCAUUUUCUAUUUUUAAAACAAAUAUUUACUUCAUUUUGCCAAUCAGAGGACAUUUUAAGGAACAAAAACAUAGUAUCUUAUGGAUUGUUUACAAUCAUAAGGACACAGAUACCUAUCAGGAUGAAGAACAGGCAUUGCGAGGACCCUCUGAUGGGACGGUACCGAGAUACUUCGGCUUCCGCUCGGCCCGGUUUUGACUGGUUGAAACCGGACAUUGAUUUUUAAAUUUUUUGUCAGUUUAUGUGGAGAAUUUUUUCCUUUCCUUCAUACCCAGCGCAAAAGCACUGGCCGCACUUGCAGGGAAAGUGCAACUUAGAGCAGUACCUUCAUUCACGAAGCUACUUUUUAAUUUGAUGUAACUUUUCUUAUUUUGGGGAGGGUUGCUGGGUGGGUGGGAUAUAUGAUGUAUUUGUUACAUAUAGUUUUCUCAUUAUUUAUGAAACUUAACCAUAAAAGAAUGAUAUAACUCCUGUGCAAUGAAGGUGAUAACAGUGAAAGAAGACAGGGGAAACUAUUGUUGGACAGCAUUUAUGAGGGUUUAGUCCACAAUACCUCUUUCAUGAGACAACUUGCACCAGUUUGACUUUUUCUUUUCUUUCUUUUUAAUUUUAAGCCAAAGUUUUAUUACAGAUUUUUUAAGUUGCUGCUGCUUUAGAAUCCUGAGCAUGUCUCUCAUAGCAGAGUAUCCACACACUUCCACACAACCAGUUGAAAUUUACUUAAGAGGUCUGAUGCCUUUUUUUUUUUAAGAACAGAUAUAGAAUACAUUUGCCCAUGUUCCAGCCAUAACAACUGAAGUUAUGCCUUAUCAAGCUUCAGCAUGUAGGGUAAUUGAAGUAAUAACCUUUACUUAUUCUGAAUUAGAAGACAGAGCUAUUUCAGAGACUCUCUCCACCCCCAUUGGAUAAUUUUUCUUCUUGGCUCACUUACUUUAGCCAGAAUUUGCUCAAAUUAAAAGUCUGUCUUGGGGAAACCAUAUUUUUGAGAGCAAAGAACAAAUUAUCCUUCCUCUUCCACUUUACACUGAUAAAACAGACCUUGGCAGCCAUUUCUCCCAGCAGUUUUAAAGGUUGAACAUUGGAUUUCAUGCCCUCCUAUGAUAGAAAACCUGCUUUUAAGAUCUUUUGGGUCUAAACAUGGUCAUACACAAAAAGUAUAUUUCUUAGACAUUUCAGACUGUCAUGGUCUGUAUACAAUGCCCAUUUUCACUUCUUUGUCUGUUUCUUUCCUGUGGUUCUGUCAUCCACAUAAGCCCAAAAACCAUAAGGGAUUUUACUUCCUUGAAUGUGGUUGACAUUAAAUUUAGCAUUUCAUUAUCUAACAAAAUUAAUAUAAAUACUAGUAAAAAGUAAAGUUUUAAGCCUCCCUUUCCCCCAAAUGCAGAUGAAGAUUCCAGAGUCAGCAUCAGUGGAUUCAUGCAAGUAAAUUGCUGUUGUUGUUCAUCUUAACUUUAGACAGAGGAACAAAUGAGUGAAAGGGCAGCUAUCAUCACUUACUUAGUCUUAGAAACAUGUGGUUACUGCCCCUUAAUAUACCCCUUUUGUCAUCAGCUCUUCUCCUGUGUAUCACAAGUCUUUACUCAUCCCUGUCAUAAUUCCAGUAGAUUAUAUUAAAGUUACUGUUACUACCAAAAUUCUAUCAGUUAACUGAUAGUUUCUUUUUAAAGGAGUUUCUUCUAUCUUUAUUUUGACAAGCUUCCAAAAUGUAUUCCCUUUCUGAAUUGAGGUGUUUUUUUUUCCUAAAAAGUCAUACAACUUUGUGGCUUUUAUUGCUUUUUUGUGUUUUGCCAAGUAUGUUCCUUGGCCCAAAACUGAAGAGAAAAAGUUUAAUUACUUUUUUUUUUUAGUUUAAAUAAAUUGAAUCAUUUACAAUAAUCAGCGGUAACAAUUUAGUGACCCUUAAUAGAUUAAAGGUUGCAUUAUUUAUAUUGGGGAUUUUUUAAAAAAAAACUAUUCUGUUUUUGUACUUUAAAACUAUGGGGGAAUAUCACUGGUCUGUCAAGAAAUAGCAUUAAUCAUUACUGAGUUAUAUAAAUAAGUCCAGUGGACCAGUCAUUUUUUUUGUACAAAUAAAAUUGGUGGUACUAAUUGUGUAUGCAGAGCAAUCUGAAUUGUCAACUUCAUUCUCUAUUAGUAAACCUAUAUAAUGACACACAUAAAAUCUUACAGUUGACUCCUAGUAUUUGAACUCCCCAGUGUUUUUACGUUAGUGUAUCCUGUGGCCAAUUUAGUCUUUCUUCUACUGUUAUGAUUCCAGAUGUUAUUCACUAUUAUUUCAUAGAAUGUAUUCCUUUCCCAUGUUUGUCCUAUUAGCGUAGUCCAUUCAAGAGUAAGGCUUAUGUAACUUUCAGCUUACCAUUAUAGAUGUUCAAAUAUGUAUUGAAACACACGGCUUUAUCUUCUUCCUAAAGCUGUAAAGAGAGACGAAGAGGGCUUUUCCUCAUCAAGAGGAAAUAGUCUGGGAGACAGAGUGUACAUUUAAAUUUUUUCCUCCAAAAAAGGCAAUGUACAUUUUUCUCUCCUAAAUUUUAUAUGCCCUGGCAGUUGCAAAUGCUCUACCCUACCUACGAUUUUGUUGGAGACUCCACUACACUGAAACUCUCAAUAGAACUCUUAGGAAAUGAACAUCACAGUCGUUUUAAAGGAGUAACAGUCUAACUAAAGGUAAAACUUAUCUGAUUUUAGCUUUAUCUAGUUGUAUUUUGUUUGAGAAUCACUCAGUUUAUAAUGUCAGUUAAAAUGCUCCCCAAAGGAAUGAAAAGAAAGUAUAAAUAAAAGAAUAAAGUUCAUUUUUCAUUUUAUGAUAGAUAGUAUAGAAAGCAUUGAUGUGUGUAGAAAAAUUAGAAGACAAAAGUGGCUUAUUUUCUGUGCACAAAUAUGUGCCUGUAUGUAAGGCUACCUAUACCGUUAAAAUGGAAUAGUUGAUAAUUUCAUACCAUACAGAGAGACAAUAAAGUGAUCAAAUAUUAAGUGA